GUUUAUUGGCGGCUGUUCUUCGCGGCGCCUUCUCUCUCUCCCUCUCCCAGCUCUGGGUUUCAGAUUUGUACUAUUUCUGUUGUUCGUUUAAGAUUUUUUUCUUCUUAAGGUUACUUCGCCGACUCAUGUGCCUUUGAGGUUUUCCAUUGUAUCACUUUCUCGGGGAUAUCCGGAAUUUGAGCCCCCCCUUUUCCGGGAAACUUGAUUAUCGUAUUCAUUCUUUUCUUUUUCCCUCUGAUCCGUUUGAUCACUGAAUCCGAAGACCCACUAGGCUGAAAAAUGUGGAGGAACUUCGCCAAGCGAGCUUCUUCAGGAAAGAUUAAGCCUUUCUCCGAUUCUGCCUCCUCUUCUUGCUCCGUCAGAGCAUCUCAAAUCCCUCACUUUCUCGGGAAAAUUGCGUCUCCGGUUCCCGUAACUCGGUUGAAGCCUUCGUUCCAUGAUCUGGGUUUUCGUCGAACCGGAUUGUCUACCAUUGAGCUGGGAAGAUGCAGCUCAUUUCAACACUGCGCUUACUCUGCCGCGUUCGAAGGGUAUGCUACGGCUGCAGAGGCGAUCGAUUCGACGGACCCUGAAGAUUAUUCGUCGGGAACUGAAGAAAUCCCGGAACUGAUCGAGGAAAUGGGCAGAGAAGCCGACAGAAUCAGCAACAAGGAGGUUUUUCCAGGAAAACAACAGCCCAAGAGAAUGGUCGGAGGCUUGGGAGCGGCUAAGUACUAUAUGCUCAAAAGGAGACAGAUUAAGAUGGAGACAGAAGCUUGGGAAGAAGCGGCGAAAGAGUAUCAAGAGCUUCUCGAAGAUAUGUGUCAGCAGAAGCUCGCACCGAGUUUACCGUACGUGAAGGCACUCUUUCUCGGCUGGUUCGAACCUCUGCGUGACGCGAUUCAGGCGGAGCUCGAUUCGUUCAAAGGUAAGAAGAUGAAGGCUCCUCACGCGCCGUAUAUGGAGCAAUUGCCGGCUGAUAUGAUGGCUGUUAUCACUAUGCAUAAGAUGAUGGGUUUGUUGAUGACGAACUCUAAAGGCGUUGGCAAUGUUAGGGUGGUCCAAGCCGCUUGUCAGAUCGGUGAAGCUGUUGAGCAUGAGGCCAUGAUCAAUAGGUUUCUGGAGAAAACAAAAAGGAAAAAGAAUGCAACGCACAAGACAAUCAGUGGUGAGUCAGAGCCCGUGUAUGAAGCAGGACCUCAAGUAACUAAAGAUCAGGAAAAGCUACGGAAAAAAGUUUCGACACUGAUGAAAAAGCAGAAGGUGAAGCAAGUAAGAGAUAUAGUGAAGGUACAUGACCAUUCCAAGCCAUGGGGUCAAGAGGCUCAAGUCAAGGUUGGUUCGCGUUUGAUUCAGCUUUUGAUGGAAAAUGCAUAUAUACAACCUCCGGUUGACCAGAUUGGUGAUGGUCCACCUGAUAUCCGACCUGCUUUCGUGCAUUCUCUUAAAACCAUUACAAAAGAAUCUACGAAAACUGGCAAGAGAUAUGGUGUCAUUGAGUGUGAUCCUCUGAUCCAGAAGGGGCUUGAAAAAACAGCUAGACAUAUGAUCAUUCCUUACAUGCCAAUGCUCAUUCCUCCUCAAAACUGGUCUGGGUAUGACCAAGGCGCAUACUUUUUCUUGCCUUCAUACAUCAUGAGAACACAUGGAGCUAAACAACAGCGUGUUGUCGUAAAAAGAACUCCCAGGCAUCAAAUGGUGCCAGUUUUUGAGGCACUAGAUACCCUAGGAAACACCAAAUGGAGGAUAAAUCAAAGGGUAUUAAGUGUGGUUGAGAGAAUAUGGGCUAAUGGAGGUGGUCUGGCUGAUCUGGUUGACUGUGAAGAUGUGCCCCUUCCGGAGGAACCAGACACUGAAGAUCAAAUGGAAAUUCGGAAAUGGAAGUGGAAAAUGAAGGAUGCAAAAAAGGAAAACAGUGAGAGACACUCACAGCGGUGUGAUAUAGAGCUCAAACUUGCGGUGGCGCGUAAAAUGAAGGAUGAGGAAGGUUUUUACUAUCCUCACAACCUUGAUUUCCGGGGCCGUGCAUACCCCAUGCAUCCGCACCUGAACCAUCUUGGUUCUGAUCUUUGCCGAGGUGUCCUGGAAUUUGCUGAGGGAAAACCUCUGGGAGAAUCAGGAUUGCAGUGGCUAAAGAUACAUUUGGCAAAUUUAUAUGCUGGUGGUGUGGAUAAGUUGUCUUAUGAGGGUCGUAUCGCAUUUACCGAGAAUCAUUUAGAAGACAUAUUUGAUUCUGCUGAUAGACCUCUUGAAGGAAGAAGAUGGUGGCUUGAUGCAGAGGAUCCUUUUCAAUGUUUGGCUGCUUGCAUUAACCUUACAGAAGCCUUGAGAAAUCCUUCUCCCAAGACCACUAUUUCUCAUAUGCCUGUACACCAGGACGGUUCAUGUAAUGGUUUACAACACUAUGCUGCGCUGGGGAGGGAUAAGUUGGGAGCAGCUGCUGUCAACCUAGUUGCAGGAGAAAAGCCUGCAGAUGUUUACUCAGGAAUUGCAUCCAGGGUUCUUGAAAUCAUGCGGCAGGAUGCAGAGAAAGAUCCUAGUACACAUCCAAAUGUCGCAUAUGCCAAACUCUUAAUCAACCAGGUCGACAGGAAGCUAGUUAAACAGACAGUUAUGACAUCAGUCUAUGGAGUUACAUAUAUUGGUGCACGUGACCAAAUCAAGAGAAGAUUGAAAGAACGUGGUAGCAUUGGGGAUGAUUCACAAGUAUUUGGUGCAUCUUGUUAUGCAGCGAAAACAACUCUUACAGCCUUGGGGGAGAUGUUUGAGGCAGCUAGAAGCAUCAUGAGUUGGCUUGGUGAAUGUGCAAAGAUAAUAGCGUCGGAGAACAAACCAGUUUGUUGGACCACUCCUCUUGGACUUCCAGUUGUGCAACCCUAUCGGCAGUUGGGAAGGCACCUGGUUAAGACUUCCCUUCAGGUGUUGACACUACAACGAGAGACUGACAAGAUCAUGGUGAAGAGGCAGAGAACAGCUUUCCCACCAAAUUUUGUGCAUUCUCUUGAUGGGUCUCACAUGAUGAUGACUGCAGUUGCCUGCAAAAGAGCAGGCUUGAGUUUUGCAGGGGUGCAUGAUUCAUACUGGACUCACGCAUGUGAUGUUGAAGAAAUGAACAGAAUACUGAGAGAAAAGUUUGUGGAGCUCUAUGAGGCGCCAAUAUUGGAAAAUUUGUUGGAAAGCUUCCAGAAAUCCUUCCCAAACCUUACUUUUCCACCACUUCCCGACCGUGGUGACUUUGAUCUGAGGGAAGUCCUCCAGUCACCUUAUUUCUUCAACUAGUAGUCUCUGCAGCAGAUCACUCAUUAUUGCCAGUCCAUUUGAAGAAAACUAUCUACAGCUUCAUCCAACUGCAAGGUGUUCAUCAUACUGGUUCAUUCUAUAGCCCCCACUGAUUGAGAACUAACAAGGAGGAAGGUUCUUAUCAACCAUGUCUGAGGAAUAUGCAGAGGUUUCAUACUGAUCUAAACCCUCCUGGCCAUCCCUUUGUUGUAAAUAUUCAAAGAGAAGAGUGUUGCAGACCUGGCAGGAGGCCCUGACUCAAGAUUCUCCUCCUCUGUCACUCCACAUUCAGCUCACUUGUUCCUUGCUAUUGUUUCAUGGGCAAGUUUCUGAUAUAUCAACAAAUAAAGGGUUCAUCUUCAUCACACCAAUUCUGUGGAGUUAAGUCUUGUUCAACGAGUCAUGCAAGGGAACAAGGUUGAGUAAAAGCACGGCAUGUGUUCUUCAAAGUCUGCCCCAUUUCUCAUAAGUUAUAGCAGGUCUUGUUGAGUAUAUAACUGUAUUCACAAGCUGUCCAUUUUUGUUUGCUUGGCCAUUUGUAGCUCAAAUUUCACAGCAAAAAGAUUUUGUGUUAGAAUAGUUACAGGUUACUUGUGCUGCCUUUGUGGCUUUCUUGUUUUGUAACAAAUCACAAAUCUUUCUUUGGAAAAAGAUCAACGAAGCGUUUCUAACAAAGCAUA